AUGUCUACCUACAAUCUGAAAGGCAAAUUCGCCAUUGUUACUGGUGCGGGUUCCGGUAUUGGCCAUGCGCUUGCAGAGCUGCUGCUUCACUCCGGCUGCAAUGUCGUUUUUGCCGAUAUAAGUUUACGAUAUGCAGCUGCAGUGACCGUCUCAAGAUAUCCUCUUUUUAACAAGAAAGGCCCAGCCGCACUUUUCCACAAGACUGAUGUGACCGAUUGGGCACAACUAAGUGAUCUAUGGAACACCACGUUGAAGAUAUUUGGUCAAAUUGAUAUUGUCGCCAAUGUAGCGGGCAUCUAUGAGCCACCGUCCAGCAAUUUCUGGAAAUUACCUGGUGAGGCUCCAGAAUCAAAGGACAAACCCGAUGCAAGCCCUGGGGCCUACAGGACCAUCUCAACCAAUUACAUCGCCCCGAUCCGUCUAGCCCAGAUGGCUAUAGACUAUUGGUGUCAGAAUUCCCAGGUCAAGGGGAAUUAUCUCGCUGUGGCAAGUAUGGCUGCUUAUCUACAUUCCAUGGAAAGCCCAUUAUACAUGUCGAGCAAAGCAGGCCUGGUAAGCUUCAUCAAAAGCCUGGGCGAGCUGAAUGAUCACCUUGGAAUUCGUAUCUCGGCAGUUUGCCCAGGGGUCGUCAUCACUCCCUUACUCGAAACCAAGUUUAGGGACAAGUUGGAAGAAGACGGUCGAUACCUCACGGCUCACGAAUGUGCCGGGGUCAUUCUUCGUGUUCUGAAAGAGCCACAAUGGGGGCGAGGGAGUAUUGUCGAAACCAAUAAGGUGAUCACCGACAAAGGCUCUCAAAUCGCCGUCCGUGAGGUACCGCUUGAGGCCUUAUAUCCGUCUGUACCCUCAUUUGGAGGGUUGGGGGCGAGAAUCACGGAAGGGAAGCGGCAACUUAUAACUCAUCUCCAAGACAAGGGCAUAGAAACAUCGUUUUUGUAA